AUGGCCCGUCUACUCGUGACUUUUGGUGCGACGGCAAGUGGAAUUGCCAUCUGUGGCGCGUUGAUCUCUGUUGGAUAUCUCUUCAAUGAUAUCAACAACUUCUACUCCGAGUCCCUCGAGGAGUUGGGCGAGUUCAAGGCAUACGCCAAUGACGCGUGGUCCCAAAUGGUGCUGACCACGGUCUCCUCCGGUUCCUCUCAAUCUGGCCGUAACACCGUCUUUGGCCGUCACAAACGAGAGAAGGGACAGGAUGGACAGCCUGGAUUGCCUGGACAGCCCGGAGAUGCUGGACGCGAUGGACAGAAUGGACAUCCUGGAGCCCCUGGAGGACCUGGACGCAACGGAACCAAGGGACGUGGCAAGCCCGGACCCAAGGGAGCCCCUGGACCUCGUGGACCUGCCGGACAACCCGGACAGAACGGACAGCCCGGACAGCCCGGAAAUGACGGACCACAGGGACCCGAUGGACAGCCUGGAAAUGAUGGACAGCCCGGACAGGAUGGACAGGCCGGAGUCGACGGAACUGAGGGAGCCCCCGGCCCCGAUGCCGCCUACUGCCCAUGCCCUCCUCGAUCUUCGGCAAUUGCCGGCAACCAGGCCACUGGAGGAUAUCGUCGUCGUCGUGCC